AGGCCUUCAAUGAACUGAAAUUGGUCAAGAUGAUUGCCUCCAAAGCAAUCCCUCGGUGUAUCUCAAUUGCUCAGCGAGCACGCCAACGGCCGGGAGGAUCUGGUUUGCUCCAGAAAAGGUGCUUUCGAUCGGCCAAUCGAUCACGGGUUGCUGUUGCAGGCAGGUCUUCUCCCAAACCCCGGACGGCUGGGCUUCUCCUCUCCCUCACUGUUGGGGGAGGAUUCCUUUAUGCAUUGGGUUAUCCCAGAAGUCUUCAUGCGGAGGUGAUCCCGGCACCUGCUGAGGUCAAGUUUGAGGAACCUAGACGGAAGGCAAGCUCAAGGGAGGACAACCGAGACCUGAUCAGCUCCCAACACCUGCAAGUAAAGAAGUCUUGGGAAAACCCUGGAGUCUAUUGUUGGGGAUCGAACUCGGGGAAGCUGAUAUAUGAUUCCGACGAGCCCAAUAUCAAAUUGCCUAGGAGACUCCCCUUUUUUGAUGGAAAGCUCCUCCGGGAUCUCAAAUUGGAUAGGAAUUUUGGAGCCGCCAUCACAGAAAACGGAGAUUUACUCCAAUGGGGAACUGGGUACUCUGCAUCAACUCUGGAGCCGACGCCCACUUUAAGAGGAAAAGAUCUCGUCAAGUUAGCCAUUUCGAGAGACCGAAUCUUAGCCCUCUCAUCCCGGGGACAAGUGUACUCAAUCCCUGCAUCUCAAGUUGAUCAAAUUGAAGGUCAAAAACCUUCAGAGAAUUCCUGGAUUCCAUUCUGGAAAGGAAGAUCAAAUAUCAGCCAUCGAAAGGUCAACCCAAGCAAUCUGGCAUGGGGGGAGAAAAUUUCGGACAUCAGCAGCGGUCUUGAACACUGCCUCCUCUUAACAUCCAAAGGCCGCGUAUUCUCAGCAGCUUCCGGCACGGAAGAUUUCCCAACAAAAGGUCAGCUUGGCAUCCCAGGACUGACUUGGACAACAAGACCCGAGGGAGCUUACGAUCAACCACAUGAGAUUUCUACCUUGAGGGGCUUUGAGAUUGUGAAAAUUGUAGCCGGUGAUUAUCACUCUUUGGUGGUGGACAACCAAGGUCGUGUGUUCGCUUUUGGAGACAACAGUUUGGGUCAAUUGGGAUUCGAUUGCAACCCUGAAGCGCCAACAGUCGACGCUCCCUCCCUACUUGCCAUCGAUCGGCUGUACAAAGGAACAAACAUGGUUCCUCGUGUUACAGAUGUUGCAGCUGGCGGUGUAAACAGUUUCUUUACUGUCGAUGCUACACGGAUAGCUGGACAAGGAGAAGAAGAUCCUCGAGGUAUUGGUCGUAUUACGGCAGAUACUUGGUCAUGCGGCCAAGGAAUAUGGGGCGGUUUAGGUAACGGGCGGUGGACACAUGUUCAAAGCACUCCAACGAAGAUCAAAGCUUUAUCCGGCCUUUUCGAGUACGACGAAGUCAAGAACGCCGUGGUCCCCAUUCGUUUGGCACAUUUAUCAGUUGGAUCAACACACAUGUCAGCGGUUAUGAGCAACAUUAGCCAUGUUGGAGCGAGUGAUAGAAGUUCUGAGCACGACACGAAUUGGGGUGCGGAUGUUCUGUGGUGGGGUGGCAACGAGUACUAUCAAUUGGGAACCGGGAAGCGGAACAAUGUCAACAAUCCAGUUUACAUUGCACCGUUAGAUGUCGAAGCAGACAAGGAGAAGGGAAGGAGAGAGGAGCAUAGGUUCCAGAUCACUCCUAGGAAGAAGAUCAAAAUCAACGGAAGGAGUGUCAGUGUGGAGCAGAGGAUCGAAUGUGGAAGAGGGGUGACAGCUAUAUAUUCUGGGACAUGAUUUGAUGAUGAGAAGUCUGCUUCUUCGUUGUACUUGUUGUUUGUAUAAUUUAUUCGAGAUUGGCUGGGUGGGUUGGCUGUACAGUACACACUACUCAAUCUAUAGGCCAAAUCCGUGGACCUGAUCCUCAACUCAAGUUCCAGUUCCUGAACAUCAAGUUUCGAGAUGGUAAAACCCCUGUAGUGUUCAAUGAGUGGUUGGACACGUUUGAAAACCGUCAUCUUUUGUGAUCAAUGUAUUUGGCCAAGCAAGCUCAUUUAUUCGAGUCUAGCCUUAAAGAAGUACAUCCCAUUUUCCAUGCAAUAUUGACUCCCAUUCCAUAUUCGCCCAAAUGAACCUUUAUGCUUGAGUAGUCUUGGCAGCCGCCUGGUUGGGAUUGACCUUCUUUCCGUCUUUGUUGUAUCGGACUCUUGGCGGGGGUGCUCUGUUGCGACGACCUUCACGGGAACGGACAC